AUGACCCAGAACAACACAGUACGACCCAGUACAACCCAGUAUGACCCAGUACAACCCAAUAUGACCCAGAACAACCCGGUACGACCCAGUACAACCCAGUAUGACCCAGAACAACACACCUACCACAAGAGUUUAGAGGAUGACGUAAGCUUGGAUACGUCUGGCCACUUUAAGAGACUCCUGAUUUCACUGAUUCAGGGGAACCGAGAGGAGGGGGAAGCAGAUCUGGCCCGCGCCAUGGAGGAUGCAAAGGAGCUGUGUGGCUCAACCGACGAAGACUCGGGCUCCAUGGAGUCAAAGUUCAUCAGCAUCUUGUGUAUGAGGAGCUACCCCCACCUCAGGAGAGUUUUCCAGGAUUACAUCAAACUCACCAACAGAGAUAUCGAGCAGACCAUCAAGAAUGAUAUAUCUGGAGACGUGAGGAAUGCACUGAUCGCUAUCGUUCGUAACAUCAAGAACAUGCCAGGGUUCUUUGCCGAACGCCUCUACAAGUCGAUGAAGGGAGCGGGGACAGAUGACAAGACCCUGAUCAGGAUCAUGGUGUCCAGGAGCGAAAUUGACCUGAUGAACGUCCGACACGAGUUCAAAGAGAUGUAUGAUGCGUCGCUGUACUCCUUUAUAGAGGGAGAUACUUCAGGGGACUACAGACAGGUCCUGCUGGCACUCUGUGGUGGUGAAGACUAAGAGCCAUCAUCCCAUUGGACUAUGUGGCUGCUGUCCUGAACGUUGGAGAGAUACAGGACGGACACCACCAAUAUCCACUGUUAAAGCAAGGUCUGAUGGGACAUCGGCAAGGGGAGAGAGGGGAAAGGGACGGUCACCAGUCCUUCAACGUCCCCAGCCAACGCCACGUUUGUAUCUGUCAAAGUGCUGAACCACGAGUUGAGCUAGGUAGUCCCUUUAACUCUCUCUUCAUCACGACCAGUCACCCCAGUGACCUUCCGUUAGUUCACAAUCCAGUCUCUAGCUGUGUGUGUGUUAAGCGAUAGUCAGUACUGACCUCUGCCGUAUAGUACGUCCAUGUUUCAUUGUGUAGCUCCAUGAUUGGUACUGGAAGGUCUCCCUACCCUCCACCCCUCAACAUCAGCCACCUCUUUUUUGGGGUGCAUUCUGCCCUGUACCUCAAACAUUGCCCUGCCCCCCAAUGCCAUUUCCAGUCUCUCCAAACUCCACGAGAUCCACACAAUCCUUACCCCUCAUCUCAGAGUACCCUUUACUCUCAGAAUAUCUCCAUCUAAUUUUCAAC